AUGAUAAACUCUACACAGGCUUCAUAUUUCAUACUUGCUGCCUACUUUGACACCGGUGCUUUAAAAUACUUAUAUUUCAUAGUUAUUAUAUGUUUGUAUAUUUUAAUUAUUUGUGCUAAUCUGUUGCUCAUUGUUGUUAUCUGUAUGAACAGAGGUUUACAUGAACCUAUGUACGUGUUUCUGUGCAGCCUGUUUGUCAAUGACCUGUAUGGUAGUACAGGGUUGUUUCCAUUCCUCCUGGUUCAGAUCCUCUCUGACAUUCACACUGUUUCUGUUCCCUGUUGUUUCCUGCAGGUUUUCUGUUUAUACUCUUUUGCAAGUGUAGAAUUUACUAAUUUAGCCGUCAUGGCUUAUGACAGAUACAUUGCUAUACGUUUUCCUCUACAGUACAACACACGGAUGACGUAUAACAAGGUUGUCAUGCUCAUUGUUGUUAUAUGGUUACCUCCUUGUGUUGCUAUUUUUGUCACAGUAUCAUUGAAUGCUUCAUUACAGCUGUGUGGGAACAUCAUAAACAAAGUGUACUGUAACAACUACUCCAUCAUGAACCUGGCAUGCUCUGACAUCACUGUAAAUAACAUCUAUGAACUCACUGCUGCUUCUCUCAUAGUCUCUGGUCCAGUAUCUGUAAUCCUUUACACGUACAUCAGGAUCCUUAAAGUGUGUUUUUCUGGCUCUACACAGACCAGACAGAAAGCUGUCAGUACCUGCUCACCUCAUCUUGCUUCUCUGCUGAACUUUUGUUUUGGGAUUUAUUUUGAAGCCAAACAGAGCAGAUUUAGUAUGGACAGUGUACCCAAUGUACUGCUAACAUUUUUGUCAUUGUACUUUGUCACAUGUCCCCCACUCUUCAACCCCGUAAUUUAUGGCCUGAAUAUGUCCAAAAUACGCAUCAGGUGUAAAAUUUUAAUUUUCAGGUUUGUUGGAAAGUGUAAGAGAAAACAAUAA